AUGUCAAAUAAUAAUAAACAUUUUCCUUUACCUUAAACAUUUGAUUAAGAAAAUGUUCCAACCAUAUCUAAAGUUCAUUACCCUACCUUUGAACUUUAAGAAUAGUAAUAAUUAUCGUAGAAUCAAUUCAAUUAACCUAUUUAAUAAGGAUUUCCAAUUUAAUACUCUUAAACAUAAAAUUGUAUAAUAUAGAAGAUAAAAUCAUAGUUUAAUCAAUUCAAUCUAAUACAUCAGUUAUUGUGGAUUGUCAUUAUUGCUAAAAAUAAGUUCAAACUAUUGUUUCUUAUGAAGCAGGAGCUGGAGCUUUUUUAGUUGGAGGAGUUCUUGCUGCUGUAGGACUUUGGUUUGGGUAUUUAUUAUUUUAAAUUAUUUUAAGCUGUUGUUUGAUCCCUUGUUAUCUUAAAGAUUGUUAAGAUUCAGUUCAUUUCUGUUCACAAUGUUCUGCUUAUUUAGGAAAGAAGAAAUUUUUAUUUUGAAUCAAAUAGCA